AUGGCAAACCGAAAUAUGUGUGAACCGUGGCUGCUGCUAGUAUGGCUGUUGCUGAUCUGUAACGUGGUUCGGGGGAAUCAAGAAACCAUAAGCCAAAAGGAUCACGAGGUCUGUUCAGGGAUGUAUUCCAAGGAGGAUUACAACGGGAAAGUGGACCCCUUUAUAUCUUUUACUUUGAAUGAACUGUCACUCGAUGGUGAAGACGAUAACGAUGAAGGAAUCAGCGUGGCUGUAUUUGAUUUUCAGGACUAUGAGCACAUUGGUGUGCAGUUACCUAAUGGGGGCAUUCAGUACAUUUGCGAUGACUACGCAUUAGAUUUGGGUCUGUGCGAUGCUUCAUCCAAGGGGCAAUUCAUCAUUCAAAAGACGGCCAUCGACCCGCUAACUGAUAAGGAACACAAAUUAACCAGUCCAAUAUUGACGUUCACUCAACAAGAAUUGGGCAUGCACGACAAGACGUACUCGAUCAAUAAAACCGGUUAUUAUUGUGUAACUACGUCGUCUUUCGCCUCUUCCAAAUCGAAGUUAAAGGCCACGGUAAAUUUCAGAAACGCUUAUGGUCAGCUGAAUGCUUCAGAAGCAUACAAGCUGCCCAUUUAUGCCUUUUUAGCUAUUGCUUAUGCUGUAUGCACGCUAAUAUACGCUUGGUUAUGUUGGAGACAUAGACAUGAAUUGCUACCUCUACAAAAAUACAUUUUAGUUUUCUUUGUUUUCUUAACAGCUGAUACCAUUUUCGUUUGGACGUAUUAUAUAAUUGAGAAUCAAAAGGGAAACUCUAGCGUAGCCCUUCAUAUCUACAUGAUUUUCAUAUCGAUAUUCAGUGCCGGUAAGAUGACUUUCACAUUUCUCCUUGCUUUGUUGAUAUCCUUUGGCUACGGUAUAGUGUAUCCAAAAUUAGAUCGUACAUUACUGAGAAGAUGCCAGAUGUUUGCUGCGUUUACGUUUGCCGUAUGCAUUGCAUUCCUACUCCAAAAAUAUUCGCAAAAUCCCGAGUCUUUGUCUAAUUUGAUUUUGAUUACUGCUAUUCCCCUGGUGGUAUGUUUGUUUGCAUUUUAUUAUUUGACUCUCUCUUCAAUGAGCAAAACGAUGGCUUAUUUGAAGGAACAAAAUCAAGUGGUCAAAUUAAACAUGUACAGAAAAUUGAUCACUUUGUGUUAUAUUUCUUUGUUUAUACUAUUCUUAGGCUUACUCGUCUCCACUUUCGCCUAUGUUGGGAUGGACACCGUUGACAUGAUUGAACAAUAUUGGAAAACAGAAUUCUUGGUCACAGAUAUUUGGCCCACUUUUGUUUAUUUCUUGGUCUUUGCCGUUUUCGCAUUCUUUUGGAGACCUACCAGUACAUCCUAUUUGUUAGCAUGUUCGCAUCAACUACCAACCGAUAUGGAAAAUGUAUCCGAAUUUGAUCUUGAUGAUAUUAACUCUUUGUCCAAUGAAGGGCUGUCUGAUAGAAGGUCACACGAUGAGCAGGAUCACAGUAUGGAUAUUGAUUUAGCAUCCGAUUUCGAAGAUGAACCAAAUGCACAUGCAAACACAAACGCUGAUCAAGAUAUUUUUUUCGACAUCGAUUAUAGCAAGGAUACGAAAAAAGAUCUUGGACGCAAUACAUAA